AAUUUUAUGUUUAUAAUUAUGUUAAAAAAAAGAUAUUUAAUAUGAACAAAAGGUUCUGUAACCAUAUGUUAAUAAGUUAUGAAUAUAAAUUUUAAUGAUUGACAAGUUUUGUCCAUAUGAGUAUCAAAAAAUCUGAGUCAUAAAAAUAUUUACACGCAUGUGUUCACGUAUUUUUGCUAAAAUAAGACCACGACUACGAUGUUAUCUUUGUUACGUAAAUUAUCAAUUGGAACUAAAAUUAAAGAUGGUAUUUUGCCAAAUCAUAUCAUGGAUACCGCAGAAGAUCUUGUUAAUAAAAAACAACCAGCCGAGGUUACUGAAAAAGACAUCAAAGAGCUGAAAGAAACAGUUUAUGACUUACUCAGGACAAUAAAAGAUCCAGAAAAACCAUUGACAUUAGAACAGUUAGAUGUUGUUUAUGAGGAAUGUGUAGAUAUCUGCUCAUCAAUUCCAAAUGGAACCUUUGUCAUUCGAGUCAAGUUCAAUCCAACUGUUCCACAUUGCUCAUUAGCAACACUUAUAGGUUUAUGUAUUAGAGUGAAAUUAGAAAGAAGUUUAGUAGCUUCUUUUAAACUUGAUAUUUACAUCAAAGAAGGUGCUCAUUCAACAGAAGAAGAAAUAAACAAACAAAUAAAUGAUAAAGAACGAAUUGCUGCAGCUAUGGAGAACCCAAGUUUACGUGAAUUGGUAGAGAAAUGUAUAAAAGAAGAUGAGUGAAGAAUAUUUUUACAACUUGUAUAUAUGUAUUUUUUAUUUAUUAAUCAUCUAGUUAUUAUUUUAACAUGCUCAACACUUAUAAAUGUUAUUAAAAAUUUAUUGAAUAAGCUUUUUAUAAAGUGGACCUAUUC